AUGCACAAACCCAUGGAGAAGUCCCAAAACUUCCGCAUCGAAGCGCUCCUGGCUGAAGAGCCGGCGCGGAGCGCCUCCCCGCCGGGGCUGAGCCCCGGGAGCCCCGCGGCGAGCCCCGGCCCCGCCGGGCGCUCCGACACCCCCUCGCCGCGGGCGCCCCCGGCCGCUGCGCCCCUCGCCCCGGCCGGCUUCGUCCCCAAGCCCGGCUUGCUGCACCUCCCCGGCCCCGGGCUCGGCGCCCUACCGGCCCUCUACCCGCCCGCCGUGUACCCGCUCCCGGCGCUGGGGGGCCAGCAUCCCGCUUUCGCCUACACCGGUAUCCCCCACCUGCCACCCCCCGGCGCGGAGCACCUGAAGGCGGCCGUGGCCGGCUCCUUCCCGCUGGAACACUGGAUCCGAGCCGGGAUGCUGGUGCCGAGGCUCUCCGACUUCCACGCCCCCCCGCAGUCUGGCUUGAUGGGGAAGUGCCGUCGGCCCCGCACAGCCUUCACCAGCCAGCAGCUCCUGGAGCUGGAGAACCAGUUCAAGCUCAACAAGUACCUGUCCAGACCCAAGCGCUUUGAAGUGGCCACGUCACUGAUGCUCACCGAGACACAGGUGAAGAUCUGGUUCCAGAACCGCCGCAUGAAAUGGAAGCGGAGCCGCAAAGCCAAGGAGCAGGGAGCUCAGGUGGAGGCCGAGAAGCAACAAGGGCUCGGCAAAGCCUGCGAGAAGCUGCUGCCCAGCGAGCCCCAGGGACAGGCUGCCGAAAGCCCCAAGUUCAUGGGGCACAGCUGCAGCUCGGACUUCCUGCACCACGGCACUGCCGAGCUGGGCUACAGCCCGGACUCCUCCUGCUCGGGAGCUGAGGAGGAAGAAGAGGAGGAGGAGGACGAGAUGGGCGCUGCGGAGAGGAAGAUCGGCUCUGUGUUGUGA